UCAGUGCAUCUUUCCCUUAAAGAAAGAAAGACCAUAAAGACUUACCAGCCGAGAUUGAGGAGACCAAGCAGUUCAUAGCUCAUCCAUCCAUGGCUGAAAAUGGUAAGCUACACAUCGUUAUGUUCCCGUGGCUUGCCUUCGGUCAUAUGAUUCCAUACUUAGAACUCACCAAGCUCAUAGCCCAAAAGGGUCACAAAAUCUCCUUCGUUUCCACUCCUAGAAACAUUGAUCGUCUUCCAAAACUGCCUCCAAAUUUAUCACCUUUCAUAGAUUUCGUAAAGCUUCCAUUACCCCAUAUCGAAAACCUGCCUGAGAACGCAGAGGCCACCAUUGACGUACCUUACGACAAGGUCAAAUACCUCAAGAUCGCCUACGAUGGCCUCAAAGAACCCAUGAUGCAGUUCUUAAAAACUUCUUCUCCUGACUGUGUGUUCUAUGAUUUUGCACCCUACUGGUUGGGUUCUAUCGCAGUUGAACUCAAUAUUUCCAGUAUUUUCUUCAGCAUCUUCACUGCAGCUUUUUUGGCCUUUAUCGGCCCUGUACCGGUUCUAAAGGGCACUGAAGAUGCUCGGACGACGCCGGAGGACUUCACAGUCCCGCCGAAAUGGGUGCCGUUUGAGUCAACGGUUGCGUUUCGGCUUUUCGAGAUCAAGCGCAUCUUUGACAGCGUCACCGGAGACGAAGACAACAUUUCGGACUUGUAUCGUUUUGGAGCAACCAUUGAAGGUUGUGACGUACUGGCUGUGAGGAGCUGUUCGGACUUUGAACCGGAAUGGUUAAAGGUUGUUGAAGAGAUUCACGGCAAACCGGCUAUUCCGGUGGGUCAGCUGCCCACCACGGCGUUUGACGGCAGCGAUGGCGACAAGGACGAUGAAUGGAGAGGAAUGAAGGAUUGGCUUGACAAGCAGGUUAAAGGAUCGGUGGUUUAUGUAGCGUUUGGAAGCGAGGCGAAACCAAGUCAAGCCGAACUUACCGAGAUAGCCCUUGGGUUGGAGCUAUCCGGGUUACCAUUCUUCUGGGUUUUGAGAAAGCAACGUGGCUCAGCAGAUACUGAGUUGAUCAAAUUACCUGAAGGGUUUGAAGAGAGAACAAAAGGUCGUGGGUGGGUCUGCACCAGUUGGGCGCCUCAACUCAAGAUUCUAAGUCAUGACUCGGUUGGUGGGUUCCUGACUCACUCGGGUUGGAGUUCAGUGGUAGAGGCCAUACAGUUCGAGAGAGCUCUUAUCUUGCUGACUUUUUUGGCUGACCAAGGGUUGAAUGCUAGGCUUCUGGAGGAAAAGAACGGGGCGUAUUCAAUACCUAGGAACUACACGGACGGGUCGUUUACCAGGAACUCGGUGGCCGAGUCACUGAGUUUAGUGAUGUUGGAGGAAGAAGGGAAAAUAUACAGGGAAAAGGUCAAGGAGUUGAAAGAAUUGUUUGGCGACAGAGAUAGGCAAGAAGGGUACGUGGACAACUUAUUGGAUUAUCUUCAAAGUCAUAGAAGGCACAAGACGAAAGACCAAGGAAAUUGAGACGGGUCAUUCGAGGUUCUUUGGACACACUUCCACACAAAGGUUUGAUAGUUUGAUACCUAUUUGUUCCAAAGCGUGGGUUUCUGAUAAGAUGGCAAUUCAGUU